ACAUAAAACAGGCGGAAACGCCGUAAUAAGUUCUUUUUCUUCUUUGUUAUUUUACUGCAAAGCGGCCACCAACCACGUGGAGCUCUUGUUGUUUCUGUUGGACGACCGUGGACCUGCACCUGGAGGGGUCUCCGGCCAGGAAGACGGAACAACAUCCCCCGAGUGAGUUCAGUCCCGGGACAGAAAAGUGGAAAACUGAAGACUUGUGAUUCAACCUGCGGACCCUCCACACCCUGAAGCUUUACUUGAAGAAAAAAAUGGCUUCCAGAUCAGAGGAGGAUCUCUGCUGUCCGGUCUGCCGUGAAGUCUUUAGAAACCCUGUGUUUCUAUCAUGUAGUCACAGCUUCUGUAAAGACUGUCUGCAGAGAUGGUGGGGAGAGAAACAAGCUCGAGAGUGUCCAGUCUGUAAGGCGACAUCUUCAAAUGCAAAACCACCUUGUAACCUGGUGUUGAAGAACCUGUGUGAGGCCUUCUUACUGGAGAGAGAUCAGAGAGCUUCAGAGGCUCUCUGCAGUCUGCACUCUGAGAAACUCAAACUCUUCUGUCUGGACCAUCAGCAGCCGGUGUGUCUCGUCUGCAGAGAUUCAGAAAAACACAUCGACCACAAAUUUAGACCCAUCGAUGAAUCUGCGCAACAACACAGAAAGAAACUUCAGGAAUCUCUGAAGACUUUAAAGGAGAAGUUAAAGGGUUUUAAACAAAUAAGAGUGUUUGAUCAAACGUCAAAACACAUAAAGGUCCAGGCCCGACGCACAGAGACGCAGAUUAAGGAUCAGUUUAAGAAGCUUCACCAGUUUUUAGAAGACGAAGAGGAGGCCAAGUUGGAUUUACUGAGGGAGGAAGAGGAGCAGAAGAGUCAGAGGAUGAAGGAGAAGAUGGUGGCUCUGAGCAGAGAGAUAGCAGCUCUUUCAGACUCAGUCAGAGCCACAGAGGAGCAGCUGAGAGCUGAAGACGUCUCAUUCCUGAUCAACUACAAGGCUGCAGUGGGAAGAGUCCAGCAGCGCCCCCUGCUGGAGGAUCUACAGCUGCUCUCAGGAGCUCUGAUAGACGAGGCCCAACACCUGGGCAACCUGGACUUCAAAAUCGGCUCCAAGAUGAAGUACAUGUUCUCCUUUACCCCUGUGAUUCUGGACCCAAACACAGCUCAUCCGGGAUUCAUCCUGUCUGAAGACCUGACCAGUGUGAGACUAGGAGAGGAACAGCUUGAUUUUGAUAACCCAGAGAGGUUUGAUUAUUCCCGCUCUGUCCUGGGCUCUGAGGGCUUUAACUCAAGGACUCACAGCUGGGAUGUCGAGGUUGGAGACAGUAAAGGCUGGUCACUGGGUGUUUUAGCAGAGUCUGUUCAGAGGAAGGGAGACAUUGAGUGUGGACUAUGGCGAAUAGGGUUCCACAAAGGUAAAUACUCAGCAUGGUCACCACCAGCUCCAUCCACUGAUCUCAUAGUGCAGAAGAAGGUCCAGAGGAUCAGAGUGACUCUGGUCUGGAACAGAGGAGAGCUGUCGUUCUCUGAUGCUGAUACUAACACACACAUACACACCUUCACACACACUUUCACUGAGAAGAUGUUUCCAUUCAUUAACACUGAUGUACCAGUGAAGAUAUUACCAAAGAGUCAGAGGAUGAAGGAGAAGAUGGAGGCUCUGAGCAGAGAGAUAGCAGCUCUUUCAGACUCAGUCAGAGCCCCAGAGGAGCAGCUGAGAGCUGAAGACGUCUCAUUCCUGAUCAACUACAAGGCUGCAGUGGAAAGAGUCCAGCAGCACCCCCUACUGGAGGAUCCACAGCUGCUCUCAGGAGCUCUGAUAGACGAGGCCCAACACCUGGGCAACCUGGGCUUCAACAUCUGGACCAAGAUGAAGGACAUGGUCUCCUACACCCCUGUGAUUCUGGAUCCAAACACUGCUCAUCCAUUAUUCAUCCUGUCUGAAGAUUUGACCAGUGUGAGACGAGGAGCGAGACAGCAGCUUCCUGAUAAUCCAGAGAGGUUUGAUAAAUACCCCUUUGUCCUGGGCUCUGAGGGCUUUAACUCAGGGACCCACAGCUGGGAUGUCGAGGUUAGAGACAGUACAGGCUGGUUACUGGGUGUGCUAGCAGAGUCUGUCCAGAGGAAGGGAAACGAACUGUCUGGGGCAUGGAUAAUAAGGUUCCAUAAAGGUAAAUUCUCAGCACGGUCACAACUAGAUCCACCCACUGAUCUCAUAGUGCAGAAGAAGGUCCAGAGGAUCAGAGUGACUCUGUACUGGAACAGAGGAGAGCUGUUGUUCUCUGAUGCUGAUACUAACGCACACAUACACACCUUCACAAACACUUUCACUGAGAAGAUGUUUCCAUUAAUUUUGACUGAGGAUGUUGUCCCACUGAAGAUAUCACCAGUGAAGGUGUGA